AUGAAACUCCCAUUCCUGUUACUGGCCUCCAGUAUUCAUUAUAUUUCGAUAUCAGCCAGUCCCAUAUUCGAGGAGUUCUUUUCUCCGAGUGUUGGUACCAGAGGAGCUGUUGCUUCAGAGGCUCAAGAAUGUAGCUACAUCGGGAGAGAUUUAUUAGCACGAGGUGGCAAUGCUGUCGAUGCCAUGAUCGGAACGACAUUCUGUGUUGGUGUUAUCGGCAUGUACCACUCCGGCAUUGGAGGUGGUGGUUUCAUGAUUGUGCGUGACAAGAAGGGCAACUACGAAGCAAUCGACUUCAGAGAAUCAGCCCCUGCAGCAGCAUUUGAGGACAUGUACCAAGGAAAUGUGAAUGGCAGCAUCUACGGAGGACUUUCUGUUGGUGUGCCAGGCGAAGUCCGUGGGUUUGAGUACGCACACAAGAAAUACGGCAGUCUUCCAUGGAAAACAGUCUUACAAGGGGCUAUUAAGGUGGCUCAGGAUGGAUUCAUAGUCAAUGCCGACAUGGCAAGGUUUAUCGAAAAGACCAUCAGAGACCAUCACAACUUCUUUGUUGAGGAUCCCUCAUGGGCAGAAGAUUUUACUCGAAAUGGUAUGUCUUUCCACAGCCAACGCUGGGACCAGGGCUCACAGGUAGCAGGACAGCUUAUCCCUGAAGGAGAGAAGAUGACAAGACGACGAUACGCCCGUACACUUCAAGCUAUCGCAGAGCAUGGCGCUGAUGCCUUUUAUACCGGCGCUUUCGCUGAGAGCAUGGUUAAGACCAUCCAAGAAACAAACGGUACCAUCACACUGGAUGACUAUAAGAACUACGAUGUAAUUUCUCGAGAGGUUCUUCACACUGAGUACAAAGGCUAUGAUGUCUACGGCAUCAGCUCUCCAGCCGGUGGUGCCGUGUCACUCAAUAUCCUGAACACCAUGAACGGCUACACGCAUCAAGACGAGGAUCGCAAUACAACACUGCACAUCUACAUUGAAGCCAUGAAAUUCGCAUACGGAGCUCGUCUGCAUCUUGGCGAUCCUGACUUUGUAGAUGGCGUUCCUGAGCUUGAACACGAGAUGCUCAAUGCCACAACGGCGGAGAAGAUCCGGCGCAAGAUCGAUCCUCGGAAGACCCAGAAGAUUGAGAAGUAUGAUCCCGAUGGAAUCUACUCAUCUGAUGGGCAUGGAACUUCACACGUCGUCACUGCAGAUGGCGAUGGUAUGGCUGUGUCGCUGACAACCACCGUCAACCUCAUUUUUGGAUCUUUUCUCAUGGAUCCCCUCACUGGUGUGAUUCUAAACAACGAAAUGAAUGACUUCUCUAUUCCAGGAGUUCCUAACGAGUUUGGCUUCGCCCCAGCAGAAGCGAACUUCAUUCGUCCAAACAAGCGCCCCCUGUCCUCAUGCACACCUCUCAUCGUAUCCAACAAAGACGGUUCUCUCUUCGCCGUCAUCGGAGCCGCAGGGGGCUCACGUAUUAUCUCCGCUACGACUCAAGUCGCUUGGCGUGUAUUGACAUCUCCAUCAUGGUCUAUCAAGGAUGCUGUUCGUGAGCCCCGUGUUCACAACCAGCUCAUCCCGAAUACACUACUCGUGGAGAAGAAGUUCAGUUCAUACGAUGUUCCAUCGCUGGUAGAGCGAGGGCAUAAUAUCACUUGGGUCGAUGAGGGACUCAGUACAGUUCAAGCGUUGACGAGGGAUUCGGCUGGUGUUUUUGAGGUUGCGCCUGAGCCUAGACAGAAGAACAGUGGCGGCGUGACAUUGUAG